AUGCCCGAGGUGCAGCAGCCUCGUGACCGCUCUGAGCCUACAGGCGCAUCGGCGCGUACGAAGGGACGAAUCAGGAUUCGUUUGCAUAGCUGUACAGGGGUUCCCUCCAGGAAGAAACUGUACUUGUAUUACAUCUCCCUUCGCCUGGACUCGCCUGGCGAGCCACUUCUCCGGGAGAAGUCGCUUUCCCGGAGCAUCUCUGCCGAGGGCACAGUGACCUGGGACGAAGACAUCUAUAUGGAUGGUCACCGCUCGUCAUCGCUUCGCUUGAGGCUAUACGAGACGCAUGAGUUCAUGUGGGACAAAGUCGUCUGUGAACUCAACACGCCGCUGGACCUCCUUCUAUCAAGGGACGAAGCUUCUCUUACAUCAAAGAGUGGUGUUACUGUUCUCCUCCGACUCACGGUUACGGAGGUCCGCGAUGGGGGCCGUCAAGAGAUGGUGCACGUUAUCACCGACACGCAGGCGCCCGCUGAAUCGCACACCGCUCUCAUGGCCUCUCAAUUGGAUAACGCUGCAUCUGCAGCAAUGCCUGUAGUAGCGAUACAUGAUCAAUGGGGGCCGCUCCUUGAGAAGAUCAGUGCUGUAGCGGAUAUAGCGAAAGCCAUCGCUGAAAUCCACCCCUAUACUAGCAUCGCGUGGAGUGUCAUGUCUGCAGGCUAUGAGCUGGUCAAAAAGCAGAACGACCGCGAUGAGGCCGUUGCCAAGCUUGUUGAGGCUCUGAACUCAACAUACGAUGUUGUUCUUGCUGGUGACAGCCUCUUGAACGCAUCGAUUACACAGAGGAAGGCCAUCUCUACGUUGGUCAAGCAAACUAUCGAGUGUGGUCACUUCGUGCGCUCGUACUUGAAGAAGGGCUUCUGGGGGAGGGCCGUUCGAGUCCCCAUCACCUCCGUCGACAAGGAUAUCGAGGAGUUCCGUCAACAGCUCGGACAACUACAAGCGAGUCUGGUCACCCAUAGUGCUCUCGUAGUGCAACGCGACGUACAUCUUAUACUCGGGAAUUCUGAGGCGAUGGCGGAUAACGUCGACCUUCUCGAUAUGCAGUAUACGAAGACGGCCCGUUGGCGUAGCGGGAAAAGAUGUCUGCCUGGGACUCGCGUGGCUCUAAUAUCUGAAGUUCUUCAGUGGGCUCACUCAUUUGAUGACGAUGCCCCGCGGAUUCUCCUGUUGACUGGCGUAGCCGGAGUUGGAAAGUCAUCUGUGUCCCAUACGAUCGCUAGCAAACUCGAAGAUUCCCACCAUCUGGCGGCCUCCUACUGUUUCGACCGCAACGAUCCAGAACACCAUCGACCAAGUCUACUCUUUCCGACCAUCGCCCGUCAUCUCGCGGACACGCACCUUCCUUUCAAGCACGCGCUCGUCCAUGCCAACAGCGCUGCCACAUUUGGAACACCUGAUCUUGAGGAUCAAUUCGAGAACCUCUUGCUCAAGCCUCUUCGUGAUCUGACCUAUAUCGGACCGCUGGUCAUUGUUAUAGACGCCCUUGACGAGAGCGGCGACGUUCAGACGCGAGCGCUGAUGCUCACGAUACUCUCAAAACGCUUCCCGGAGCUGCCCCGGAACUUUCGCCUCCUUCUGACUAGCCGUCCUGAAGACGAUGUCAUGAAAUCGUUCGAUGAUAAGCCUCACGUCUUGUGCAAAACCGUCCGUUCGGCUGCCAAUGACGAUGUCACGGCCUACAUAGCCAGCAAACUCGUGGAUCGGGAUGGCCGCCCACUCCCUACAUUCACUUACGAUGAUUACAUCCGACUCUCCAACAAAUCCGAGGGCCUCUUCCAGUGGGCCACGAUCGCAUGCACUGCCAUUGUUCAUGGGAACAACCGGAAUCUCCCUCCCACGUCCAAGCAGAUGCGCGACUCGUUUGAGCGCUUCGUGUCACUAUCGUCCGGCGCUCUUGACUACAUCUAUUAUCAUGUCUUGGAGCUUUUGCUUCCUGAACCUUCCGGCGAGGAUGUCAUCUUUCUGAAGAUUCUUGGUUUCAUCGUGACUAGCAAAGAGCCAAUCACUUCCAAUACAAUCUUUGAGCUAUUACAAUUAGCGGACGACGAAAGGGAAUCAAUGGAUAUCUUUCUCCGAGGUCUGGGCGCAGUGCUCACUGGCGUGACGAGCCGAGUUCAGGAACCCAUCCGAACCUCUCAUUCAUCAUUCCGCGAUUUCUUACUCGGGGGAUCGCGUACCGGACGCUUCCAUGUCGACGAAUCCUCCAUACAGCGAGACAUGGCUUCUAUGUGCUUGAAGGUGCUCGACCGAGACCUACAUUUCAACAUGUUUGGGAUCGAAUCCUCCUACUUCACCCACGACGACAUGCGAUCACGUCGUAGAUUGGGAGAGAGUGUCCCUGCAACGCUUGCAUAUGCAGCUUGCUAUGCCGUCGCUCACACCACUCAUUCGGUGCACAAUCCAAUGGAGGCGACUCGGAGUCUUCUCGAGCAGUAUUUCGACCUACUGAGUGAGAGAUUCCUCCCGUGGCUUGAGCUCGCAAGCAUUCUAGGAGACCCAUCUGACUUUGUUCAUCUUCAUUCCUCUCUCAGCUUGCUCAUAAAGGACAAAAACCUUGAUAUCGGCGGCAAGAUUGAGCUCGCUAGAUCUUGUUCAAACUUGAUUGAGCACUCCCGAUCGGCCAUCGAUCGCAGCAUACCGCACAUCUACCUGUCGGCUUAUGCUCUAUAUAGUGCGAUCAUCUCUACGCCUCACAUACCAUCAUCACAUGAGCCGUAUGAAGUUCGCGGUAUCCGACGGCUGCCAGUUCUUGCACCAUCAAGUCUCGGCAUUCCCGGGCGUUUUGGCUCUCCCCAGGUCGAAUGUGCUGUUCUCUCGCCAGAUAAUGUUUGGAUGGUACUAGGCUUUGAAAAGGGGACACUCGAGGUCUGGAAUGCCCGCCAUCGGACGUUUGAGGGAUACAUCCGGGCAGUGCAUGGUGACGCUGUCACGGUCCUCGCGUUCAGUCCUGAUAGUGCUCAGUUUACGACAGGAUCGAAGACGGGUAUCAGUCUGAUCUGGAGUAUCGACUCGAAAGGCAAAGUCAAAGUCCGGCACCUACUUAUUCUUAACGGCCAUACAGCGAGGAUAAACUCCAUGGCGUUCUCGCCUGACGCUCGGUUCAUCGCAUCGGGCUCAUCUGACUGCACUAUCCGCCUGUGGAAUGCAAAGGAAGGCACAUACUUGAAUUCAGUGAGCUGCACAAGCGGCAUAUGCUCUGUGGUCUUCUCUCCAGAUGGAUCCCAGUUGGCAUUUGGCCUUUACAAUAACAUGGUCCACGUAUGGGACUCUCAAUUGCUCGAGCCAUGUUUCGCACCGCUCGCAGGACAUAGAAAGCAAGUGCACUCAGUCGCGUUCUCAAGCGAUGGAAAGACUAUCAUUUCCGGGGCACAUUAUGGAGCGAUCUACGUAUGGGACUCUUGGACAGGUGUCCUCAUGCAGAAGAGGCCAUGCAUCGGCCGCACAGAGGAUAUCACAUCCGUGUCUAUCUCGCCUGAUGGUCUCUACAUCGCAUCCGUUUCUUGGCAACACAACACGGUCUAUGUAUGGAGCACACAGGGCGCCGAGUCAGGCGGUCCACUCUUCACCAACAACACGACAGGGCGGGCAUUCGUGGCUUUCGCUCAUGAGGGUCAGAUCAUAUCUUCUUGUCGUUUUGGCACAGGGUUCAGCAGGAUGUACAGAGUGCGAAUCUGGAACAUCAACGAGCCCGGGCGGGCGACACGGAUGCACACUUUUGCGCCGGACACCUCGUUCGCACUCAGGGAUUAUCCGAACGACUCCAAUGGGGUUGUGACACGGGCGGAGCCGGAGGAGUGCCCAUUAUUACCUGCAUUCCGACUCGAACGAGACGGGUUCGUAAAGGACAUCACUCGUUCUCCGCCCAACCAUCUUAUCUUCAUACCGGAGCAGUUCCGCAAACGACUGUACCUCCCUCCCAUGACACACAUCUUCAGCCCUCACCCCACAUACCAACUCGAUUUGAGCGAUUUUGCGCACGGAACACGCUGGACGGAUAUUUUCCACGGAGACUCUCCUGGUGGCUCAGAGCCACAGAUCAGUAGCACAUGA